AUGCAUACCAUAUUACUAGUCCAGAAAGGAAACAAGAAUACCAGAACAUAUUUUGACUUUGAGACCGUCCCCGACAUGAUUGAAGGCAUUCGAACAAGCUACGAAGAAGAACUAUCAACACUAUAUCCAAACCAACGACAAAUAAGCUAUCAGCUACAAGACUUGAUGAACUUCAUUGACCAAUUCUCGGAAAUCGCGGCCUUGGUCCUCGAUCAAAAUACUCAGGCCUACAUACCAAGGUCUAGAGAUUGGAUUAAGGGUAAAGCUCAGACUAUAUUCGUCAAGGCAGCUGCACCUGCUCCUCAAGUGCAAUAUCAACAAACUCAGCAACAACAACAUCAACAACAACACCAGCAAUCUCAACGAGGAGGACGUAGACGAUAA